AUGAGCGAGUGGACCCCGCAACCGCCUCUGUUUGCUUUUUCCCACCCUUCCUCCAAGGAAACCGAAGAGGUUAAACAGAUAUCCGUGAAAUUAACUGACGGCGAUCCAACCAAAGAUUAUUGCGACAACAACCGAGCCCAAGACAUUGAUCCCACGAUUAUGGCAAGCAAUUCUCCACGAAAUUCUAUAAUCUCCACCUCGAGAAGGAAUUCGGUCGUAGCCGUCACCACAAAUUCAAGAAAUUCCCGUCACACUGGCAACGAGGAUUGCGAUAAUUUGUGGGAUGACGAAUUUAUUGGACAUAUCAUGAACCUGGUGGACUCAAUCGGGAACGAAACGGAGCAGACGUCCAAAGCUUGUAUUAAGACAGACUCGGGGUUUGCACAAAUUCCGGAGGAAUGCAAAUCGCAAAUACCCGAGACCCCGGCGCAGGAGUAUGCCCAAAUUGUGCGAAACUCGAUAGUUUCGCCUACUUUGGAAAGUGAACCACAGCUAACCGAGCAGGUCAAUAGUGAAACAACAGUCCUCCCUUCAACGGAGACGACGGGAAGUAGUUCGGUCGGUCAAACACUACGACGUACGAUGAGCAACCUCAGUAGACGUAGUUCGAUCCAUAGUCGAAAGUCGAUGGACGAUAGCAGGAGUAUAUUGUCGAGAACAUCGAGAGUUUCUAGAGUCGAGAAAAUUGCCGAAGUUCCAGAAGAGGAAAGCGACACCGAGAAUAACGGGAGAAAAAUUUUCUCGGGGAAAAAGAAGAGGGCUUCCAGCGAUUUGGCAAAAAGUAAAUCGAGCAAUGGAUUCUUGCGUAAAUUUUUUAAAUCUAAAAUCGAUCGGAUUGCGAGUUUAAAUAAGACUCCGAUGAGUGAGGAGGAUGCCGUUGAUACCGAUGACCGAUCGGUAGGAGGUAGCGCAGACGACAUCAUCAAUUCAGCAUCAUCGAACAAUGACAUCAAUCCCGAUAGUAGUAGCAUGACGGAAGAGGAGUGGCAAAGGGUGUUCAAAGUGUGCGAAGAGCAAGGGGUGUCACUUUUAGGAAAAAAGCGUAACCACAUCCAUAGCAAUGUAAACGAUGGCGUCCGAGAACCGAGAGAUGAUUAUUUCACCUCUGCAAACAAUGGAGCCAGUAAGGUCACAGGUGAAGGUGGUGGAAAUAAAGGUCACUCUAAUUUCUACCUCGCGAUGCCAAAUGGUCAAUGGAUGGUUAGAACUCGGACGGCAUCAAGAAAAAUCAUCGGAUUGUUGUUUGAUCUACACGCCGGGUAUCGUCCGGAUUCCGACAGCCCCAAACCUUUACCUUGGCCUGUCACCGUGCAUUUCAAGAAUUUUCCGGCGGAAAAGCUAAUACGGGCGAAUGUCAUUGAUGCCAUGCAGGAUUUUUUUAUGUCAAUGAUCAAAGAGGCCGAUUUCCUUAGAAACGGAAGCACGAAAAAAGUAAUGAAUUUGUCAAAGAACGACCAAACUCAGUUAUGGGACGGGCUAUGGUCCAGAAAUGAACUCACCUUAGGAGAUGUACUGCAUCAAAUCCUUCCAGAGUUAUUCCCAUCCCCCCAGCCUAGCGAAAAUGCCUUUGCCGUACCAGUAAUUCACGGUGUAAUUCCGCGACUGGACACGCCGAUUGUUGGGGCGUCGCAAAAUCUUUGCUAUCCCGAUAAUUUCCUGCACAUUGUCGUUCUUUUGGCAAUAUAA